AUGCAGAGCGACGGGGCCAAGGAGGUUCUUCACGAAAGGAGCUUAUCACCUGAAGUUUCCAGCUCUACCACUCAGCGAGAACCUGCCCGUGAUGCAACAGUAGAUCCCAGUCUCGGCGCAUUUGACUUCGGUGAUCCGGAAAUCACCAAAUUCAAGUCGCAGGCUACCGACGAUGCCCCUAGACUAAUUGACGAACGGUCUAGAGCCGGGACUGAGCCGGCCUACAGAACGAAGAGACCUCCCCCGCUGUUCAACAGUCAGGAUAUUGCGCCCUUGGUUAAGUCACCUACGGAGCCUCAACCAUCUCCAGCUGGUAGCUUUUCGAGAGGAUUGGGCCGAUUGUUUGGUCGACGACGAUCUCAAUCAGCCACAUUGCGCCGCGAAGUUGUGCGACAAGCUCUCAGUGACGAGCCGGAUGUCCACGAGAACCACUUUGCUGGCCGAAGUAUUCUUAGUCCGAAUAACGAUCGGUCAUUCUUCGCAGCAGAGCCAUCACCGAUUGGCAUGGCGCCACUGAGAUCGCCUGGUCCUUCACCGAUUCAUGAAGAAUCACUCAAGGCGCUCGAGGGGCUAACACCCGAGCCGGUUGCUGUCGCUCCUCCGAUGGUGGUCGUGGAACCUGCAAACGAAGAGCCCCCGGUAAAGCUUACACCGCCGCUUGUGGCCGAAAAUGUCAAAACACCAGGGCCAUCGGACGUGGCUGUGCUGCCGCCCAAUCCCCAGGCUGCAGAGCUCAUUGAAGCUCUCCGACGGGCGUCUGUGGAUUCGGCUUCUUCUUAUGGUUCAGCUGCGUUCUCUGAACAUACGGCCAGUUCCAGAUCAAGUUCACCUCAGGCCGAACCCGUAGCAACCAAGUCAUCCGAAUUAUUGACUUCUGAGCUCCUCAGCCCUGGUGAGAUUGAUGUGCCAGCACCACUAAGACCAAAGAUCCCAGAAAUAUCGCCCGAUUCACCAACAGAUCCAUUCCUUCAGCAAGGCCGUUUGUCCCCGAUUCCAGACCCCCCCAACCUGGCAUCUGACUUGACCGAUUCAUUAUUCUCGAUCUCUGUGGGCCUACGGACAAGCCCGAAGUCAACUCAUGGACCUCAAGCAUCAUUAAGCAGCAGCACCAAGCCUUCUGUUCCCAAUAAGGGAGUCUGUCGCGGCUGUUCUCAGCUAAUUCUUACCGGACAAAAGUCAGUAUCAAGCGCAGACGGUCGCUUGACAGGUCGGUACCACAAGGAGUGCUUUGUGUGCCAGGCCUGCAAGAUUGCGUUUCCCACAGCCGAAUUCUACGUCCACAACGAUCACCCGUAUUGCGCUUACCACUACCACGAGCUAGAGAAUUCUCUUUGUGCUACGUGUGGCAAAGGCAUCGAAGGGCUGUACAUGGAAACGGCGAACGUGGCGGGGCGCGGGAAAGAGAAGCACCACCCAGAAUGCUUAAAGUGCACAACUUGCAGAGUCCGACUGGAUCACGACUACUUUGAACUCUCUGGAAAGGUGUAUUGCGAGCGGGAUGCGUUUCGGCUUGCGACUUUACCAAAAUCCCAUGAGAACGCUCCCAGCCGCCCAAGCCCAUUGAUUCGAGAAUAUAUCUCCAGUGGAGAUCCCGGACUCGUGAAGGGCAGGAAUUUCCCUGAAAGAAGAACGACCAGAUUAAUGACAACGACCUAA